UGGGAAGAAUGUCCCUUACAUUGGGGGUCAGUGGGAAGAAUGUCCCUUACAUUGGGUGAUCAGUGGGAAGAAUGUCCCUUACAUUGGGGUCAGUGUGGGAAGAAUGUCCCUUACAUUGGGGGUCAGUGGGAAGAAUUCUCCCUUACAUUGGGGGUCAGUGGGAAGAAUGUCCCUUACAUUGGGGGUCAGUGGGAAGAAUGCUCCUUACAUUGGGGGUCAGUGGGAAGAAUGUCCCUUACAGUUGGGGUCAGUGGAAGAAUGCUUCCCUUACAUUGGGGGUCAGUGGGAAGAAUGUCCCUUACAUUGGGGGUCAGUGGAAGAAUGUCCCAUACAUUGGGGGUCAGUGGGAAGAAUGCUCCUUACAUUGGGGGUCAGUGGGAAGAAUGUCCCUUACAUUGGGGGGUCAGUGGGAAGAAUGCUUCUUACCCUCGUCAUCUUUGGUUUCAUUAGUAUCCUAAGGCAGAAAUUGCUGAUUGUUGGA